AGCAAAUUAAUUAACAAUAAUUAAAAAUAAAAAAAAAAUUUAUUAAAAAUGGCAUUCAAACAAGUUUGUACUUCAUUGUUGGUAACAGUAGCUUGUUGCAGCGUUUUAUCAGUGGCAACACCAUUGAGUUACUUAAGAGAUAAUGACCAAAAUGUUUCACCAUUCCAAAACCAAAACCAAGGUUUUGUAUAUUUAAGAGACAAUGGAGUUAAUCAACCAGCCGUUUAUCCAGUACAGUCAGGACCAGUAAAUGUUGUUAAUAAUCUUGGAAACUCACAAAUCCUUGGAAGUUCUCAAAUCCAAACGAUCUCUUCAUACCCAGGUGUAAUUGGCAAUGUUGGACUCGUUGGAAACAAUGGAUUUGGUUCCAAUAUCAUAAACAACGUUAAUAACGUAAAUGGAUUAAACGGUUUAUCAACAAUCCAAUAUCCCACUUUUGCACAAGCUCCACUUGUAAGCUACCCAAGUGUUCAACAAGUCUUACCAGUUGCUCAAUAUGCUGUUCAACAACCAGCUUACAUUGGUGGACCAGUAGGAUACUCAAACAAUAACAAUCAAAUCACCAACAAUCAAGUUGCCCCAGUUGAAGUUAACUUUAGUGGUAGCCAAGGAUAUCUUGGUAGCCCAAUCAUUUUCUAAAAUGUUGAGUAUCAGUAAAAUUUUGUACAAAAGUUGUUAUUUUUUAUUUAAAAAUAAUUAUAUUUUUGUUGAUAAAUAAAACUUAAUUUGAAUGA